GGGCGGGCAGUGCCACCGUAGCCCGGCGCUUUAGAGCUUCGCCCGGGCGUCGCGACGACGAGCAUCGUCGAAAUUUCAUCGCAACCCCCCGGAGAAAGGAGUAAGGUAACACGAGAGACGCUAUAGAAUAAGAGGCGGAAGAUCGCAUCUGUAAAAUAGAAUAAGCUGGUCGAGCAGAAGAAGCCGAGUUGUCCAAUUGAUAGUUGAACUUUUGACGGAGGGUAAAUGUCGUGAGCUUUAUCCCAGAUGUACUCCGUUCGCUUGUUCGGUGAUCCUACGUUGUAUUUCGACGGAGUUUUGGCGACGUCACGUUAUCGGCGGUGAGGAUAAAAAGUGCGGAUCAAGUGCGGACGGGAAUGUUGUGUGACGACAGAUUUGGGUGCGGGAAGAAAUAGAGAGACAUAAUAAAGCCCUGCCGAUGAUGUGUCGACUAUUUUAGUGGCGGUGGUGGUGGUUGAUGAUUGUGGUGGGAAGUGGAAGGAGCUUCUUAUAGUUGGGGGCUCGGGGCAGAUGUAGUGCUUUGCGAUGUCAGUGAUUCCGUCAUCAUGAGGGCCUGCUCCUACGUGAAUUAUUAUGUUCUGUGCCUCGUCUGCUGGAUUUUGCUAGGCAUCACGGGGGUCAGUACGAGAUCGCACUCGUUGGUGAAGAGGUUCAACGGAUUAUACACGGGCCCUUAUUUCGAUUCCAGUAGUCCUACGAACAUCACGACGCAAUUGGGUACGCACGCUUAUUUGCCGUGCAAGGUCCGUCAGCUGGGCAACAAAUCGGUGUCAUGGAUCAGGAGGCGAGAUGCUCACAUCCUAACGGUGGACAGAUAUACCUUCAUCGCUGACGAACGGUUCCAAGCGUUCUUUCUGGACGCUCAGGAUACGUGGACCCUCCAAGUGAAGUAUGUCCAGCCCCGGGACGCUGGCGUUUACGAAUGCCAAGUCUCGACCGAACCGAAGAUGAGCCACUUUAUCACACUCAACGUCGUCGUUCCGAAAAUCGAGAUCAUGGGAGAUCGCGAUAUCUACGUGAAGACCGGAAGCACGGUAGCCCUUCGCUGCGUGAUAAAACAAUCGCUUGAGGAGCCUUCCUACGUAUUUUGGUAUCACGAGAGCGAUCGUGUACUGAAUUACCAGCAAGGAAAGCUGGACAUAAGGAAGGAACGUCUCGAUGCGGAUACAGUUAGCAGCCUCGUGAUACACAAUGCGAGACGCGAAGAUUCUGGAAAUUAUACCUGCAGCCCAAGUAAUCUGGACAGCGCCAGCGUACAGCUUCACGUCCUGAACGGCGAGCAUCCAGCGGCAAUUCAGAGAGGAAUUAGCUCUGCCCCGGGAGGUAGCGGGGCUCUUUGGUGGUUAGGAGGUGCGGUUACUCUAUCCUCGAGUCACGGGGAACGCACCUUUAUUCUUGCCAUCCUCGUUUCACUGGCAUUCUUUGUCCAAACCCUACAUUCCUACAGUGGUUCACUGCGAUAAUCGAUAAACGUGCAGCUAGCUUACCCUAUACGCGAGACGAAACGUUCCAGCACCUCCCCAAACAGCUGCUGAAAUGAGAACAUCGACAACCGAAUCAGAACGAAAGAAAAAUAAUACCGGAAAUAAAACAGAGCAAAAGCGAAGAAAUAUAGACAUGACAAAGAAUAUAUAAUGUAUGAUUGAAUGAUUGCUAGAUGAUUGCGCAGACUCGGUUUUUGAAAAAAAAAUACUUGAUUUAUCGUAACAGUUCAGUAUUAUUACUUUCUUUCUUUUUUACGUAUAUGAAAACAAUUGGGUACGGUUGAAAAAAUUUAUUCACUAUGAUUGAAAUUGAAAAAAUUAUUCAGUUGGAUCGAUCCGUUUUUUGUUAUAGCCAAAGACGGUGCUCAGGUGUUAGCAACGUCGUAUUAGAUUGUAAAAGUAAUACAACAAUUGAAAGAUAUUACUUACUUGUUAGUAAUUUUGAUCGAAGAAAAGGAAGAAAGUGAAUGGAAAAAGAUUCUAGAAAAAAUCAAUUCUCGAUAUGAGAAAAAGAAAACUAACGACUCUGCGACUCAUCCAGUAAAUUAUGUAGACAAUUAACAGUUUCCAUCUAAUACGAGUGUAGAAUAUACAUAUAUAUAUAUAUAUAUAUAUAUAUACGGUAAUAUGCUUGUGUUACUUAGGAAACUGAUGGGCAUCGAAUGUCUGAUUGAUCGACAUUUCGAAACUGAACUUUCUCCGGUGGUUUGUCGACAAUAAGGACGACUACCGAGAAAUCCGAUCUAGGACAUAUUAUCAGAGUUAUAAGUCGGUAUUUUUACGUGCCAAAGCGAAUAUCACUAUUGCUUGUUCCGUCUGUAAUCAGAGAAACUUUUUUUCCCCGUAUGUACAAAAACAAAACAGGCAAAAAGUAAAAGGAAAGAAAAAUUAUUGACCAUCGAAGAAAGAGAAUUGAGAUCGGAGGCGCAUUGAAUAUAUAUUAUACCCAAUUCGAAUACCUCAAAUCUAAUUGAAUAUAUAUGUAACAGAGUUAUACGCUUAGUAAAUGUGGUCUUCAACUUCUCGAGACAGCGAUCCGGCCGUUAGUGUGUAGAACUUAUUGUUAGUUAAGUUUGAAAGUCUCGCGUUUCUUUCGGGUGGGGGUCGCGGAAUAUCAGGUGAAUUCUCUAUAACGAAUAUAUAUCAAACGCGAGAAAACGGAAAAGAAAAAUAACAAGCGGAAGAUAGAAUGAGCGGAGAACUGACGAGAUAUCAAAGUUAUCCAUACCGCGGGAGAGGGCGUGCGAAGAAAAAAAUAGAAAAAGAAUAGAAGAAAAAAAAAAGAUUCCCGAACAAAGAAAACAAGGGUUCCAAUACGGUGUGAAAUAUGGGGGAGUGACGUCACGUGCGUACACCCUCGUAAAUGGUCCGUGGGUACGCGGGUGACCCUACGAUGCAAGUUUACCCUUAGCGCUCACAAUCAGCUACGUGCUUGAAAAGUAGUCUUUGCUAAAAGUUGCCUUCAUCGGGGGGGGGGGGGGGGGGGGGGGGGGGAACGCCGAGACGCGCUAACUCGUGUACAAAUCGAUUUUGCAAUCAGACGCUUCUGUUCUUUAGUCAUAACCAAGGACACGUACCCCGCACACACGUAUACAUAUACGUGAAUACAUAGGUAUACGUGAAAAGGGAAGGAAAGAGAGAGGAGAAAUAUAUAUAUUUCUGUUCUACGCGUGCAAUAUUGCCAUCGGCCUCUCUUGAUAUCGCAUAGUUUGGAAAAUGUAUAAUAUACAGUUAUGUAUUGUAAUACACGUGUAGUGGAAAGCGGUUGGAAAAACGCCGAUUUGAAAGCAACGUUGGAUCCGAUUAGCGGACGUAAUUUCAUCGCGAUAUCGAAGGCAGAGUACAAACGCUGGCUCGAAUUGUUACCGUCACGAAAUGUACGACGCUGCGAAUCGCGCUGCACUCUGGGUUCGCGUUUCGUGCAAUGUUUUUUAACGUCGCAGCUGAGCAGCAGCAGCAGCAGCAGCAGCUUCGUUUUGUUUUUCCUUAAUUUAACCGCGAUUCGGGUUCGCUCAGCCGAGACAAAAGACGACUCCCAGGUUUAGGUAGCUACUUCUAAUAGAAAUCUUCAAGAAGGUGUAGGACCUCUUUGGCUUUAGCUUUCGCAUGAAAGAACCGCUCGUUAGAGAAUCUCAUAAAUUAUAAAAGCGCAUCUUUAUCUUCCAAAACCUCUACCAUCACGCCUUUUUACACAUAUAUCUAUCCAACCAGCGAUCGAGUCCAUAUCGAUUCCGAAGGCUUAACUUUCCGUUUAAGAGCGAUCUUACUUGUGAGUGAGAGUUGGAAGACAACCGAAGUGGAGCUUUUUUUCAAGCCUCAAAGUAAUACUGACCUGAAUGUCACGAGAGUUCCGGAUUAAAAGCGUCGUCUAGUUUCUGCACGAGUAACAUAGGAGUCGAAUGUACCUUUUACCUGCACUAAAUACACGUACAUGCAUAUAACGUACAUGAAUAAAAUUCGAGCAGGCGUUUGUACGCACAUACAACGAGGUUUGCUGGGAAAAAUUUGAAGCUUCAGCCAACCGGGUACGCCCUCUCUCUGUCAAUCAGGAUGAAAUUCCCGCAUCUCCUACAGUCGAAAGAACAAUAAAACAACAAUAAAAAUUAAAAAAAAUUAAAAACCAAGAAUAUUUUAAGAUGAAAAAAAAAAUUAAUAUAAAACACAGAGUUAUAGGUAUACAACGUAUGAAGAAGCGAAAGCGUAUAUACAGUUGAUAUUUGGCCUGUUGAAUUUGACGUUUUUUAAUUGAAUUACAAUGAUUACUAGAUAGGACAACAAAACGAAAAAGAAGAGAAAGAAAAGCUCAGAACGUGUGAUCAUCCACGACAUGCCAAUUUUGCUAAAGUGACCUAAAAAUAUGCGAUUUAUUUGACUACGUUUGUGAGUUGACGGUAUUAUAUAUACAAAUUCUCCACAUAAACUUUAUCGAAUCCAAUCUGCACUGGACUAUCAGAUUUUUUCUCACAAUUGAUUACGUUGAGACUAUAACUUGAAGAAAUAACAAUUAUCUCCUUUUUACACCAAUGAAUCCGUGCAUGCGAUCCCGUCCUUUGAUAUUCUUGGUGCUUUUCUGUUAUCUGCACCCGAUAAGUGAAGCAUAAUCGAUAUUUUUCAUGUACAUUUUAUGUAUCAUUCAUGCAUGAUUAGUAACUUGUAUGUAGAAAAAUUGGAAAAAAAUUUGAAAACCUAAAGAACUUUGUUCUACGUUUUCUCCGUCGUAAUUAAAAUUGUAACGAAUAUAUGUGUAUUGAAUUUCUGAGGUAUUUCUUUUUUUUUCGCGGGACGGGGGGUAUAACCGAAAAGACCCAAAUUUUCCACCUGACUCUUAUUUCAUCCGACCGAUAACAUUAAACUUAUAAUUUUAUUUUUUCUCCUAAAAAAUGUUAUGGAAUUUUAUUAGAAAAAUUGUAAAUAUACGUCCAUCCCGUAUGGUAUACAUUCAUGAAGGUAGAAAAAGAAUUUUGGUUCACAAGCCUGUGGAAAUCGAGGUUAAAAUGUAUACCUGUGUAAUCGCAAAUGUGAUUAUAAACGUCAACUCGUCAACGUUGAGCCAAUCGAGUAACUCCGGAUACCGAUAUGAUACUGUACAUAAAAAAAAAAAAGAGGAAAAUCAAAUGAGAAUUUAUCUUGUCGAGGUCGAGGUGUAUAUCGAGGCGACUGAUACUUGUAUCGAGUAUAGGUAAAUGAAAAUAAGAUAAAAGGAGUGAAAUGAAAUGAAAAAAAGAAACACUGCACACUGCACACUGACUCACACACACAUACACACACAUACCAAAGCAUCGUCCACGCCACUGGCAUAGAAUUGAAACUUGUUCGAUGAUGAUGAUGAUGAUGAUGACGAUGAUAAUAUAAGAUAGACAAUUAUUAUUAACUGUGUUACGUAUAUUAUAUAUAUUUAAAAUAAUUGAUGUGAUAUAUAGGGUGAUUAACGAUCGCCGAAUGAUCGCAAACGCGAAUACCCUCUACCUUCGCGAUCAUCCGCCUCGACGUCAUCCGUUAUAACAUAAUCGCCGAGGAAUUUCAACGCGGGCGGCGUUGUUGCAGAACGAAGAAGAGAAUAGAAAACAAAAGAAUUAUGAUAAUAGGAAAACGAAAAAGACAAAAACUCAAAUAGCACAAAUCGAAGCGUAUAAUAUAAUAACAGCGCAGCUGUGAUUGCUCGGUAUUAAUAUUCAAUCAGUAUAUUUGUUGCUAAUUGAAGUUAGUCGAAUACGAGCUUAGAACAAUGUCCGAAUCGGUUAUACACUGCUGAAUUAAAAUAAAAAAUAAAUAAAAGAAAGAAGAGAAAUAAUAGUAAUUAAAAUAAUAAAUGAACAAAACAAGAACAGUGCUAGAUUGCUGCGGCCUAUUGUAUCACGUGUUUCAAAUUGAUAUUUUUUAUUACCAAUUUUACGGGCUAAAAGAUUCCAGUCACGCGUCAUGACGAGUACAUCAUAACCCACGCCCCGUUGUUUGAUACGUUUAGGUGCUGCAGUAAUCGAAGUUUAUUGCCGAUAUAAUUGUCCGUAUCCGAUUGAACGUGAAUGAUUGACAGUUACGUAAUAAUAGCCAAUGAUUUACGUCAGUCUGAUUUUAAACAACCGAGUCAUAUGUAUAUGUGCAUUCACUAAUUACUUCAUACCUAUACUAUAUACGUAUGGAGUAAUGAAGCGGUGAUAAAUUAACGUGGGAUUGACGGUAAACGAUGGUUGAUUCUUUUUAAAUUACACUUUUAAUUUGGCGAUAAAAAUAAAAUCAAACAAUUUGCUUCACCUGUAUGUACACGAGCGGUGCGCGUGUCGCGUUGUUCAUUUGACUGCAUUUCUUUUUUUUUUCCAUUCUAAUUUAAUUGACUUGAUUUUUUUAUUUAUUUAUUUUUUUUGUGAUUUUGCUUGCUUUCGGGAGAAGAUAAAAUUGAACAAGUUUCAGCUCAACCUAAACGGAGGCGUAUUAUAUUUGAAAAAAAAAAAUGACAUAAGAAAGAAUAAAAAGAAAUAAUAACAGUAAUAUAAGGACAUUCUAAUUAUUAGGAAAGGAUGAAAUUUAGGGUGAAAUUGAAAUACAAGUAUAUAUAGGGAAGGACGAAUAAUACGAAUGAUAAAUAGGAUAUCUACGAUUCAUGUGAUUGUCUGUAAAUACAUAAUAUAAAUACAUACAUACAUACAUACAUACAUACAUUAAUUAUGAUAUAAUACAAUGCGUGUUACAUUAAAGUAAAAAAUUAAUGUGUAAUUUCUGGAUCGUAAAUACAUUGGGUUGGUCUGGCCGCCUAUGCUAACCGGUGUGCAAUAUAGAUAAGGCGCGAGAUUAUUGAUUAGCAUAUCAUUGAAACAUUGAUUAGAAAUUCUUUUAACAAUCAGAUGACGGAUUGACAAAUAGAAUUUAAUGGAAUUUGGUAGUACAGUCCAGAGGCGGUUAAACAACAUUUUUUUUUAUUCAUCACAUCCCAAGUUUCGUUGAUUCUAUGCAGCUCAAACUAUUUCUGCAACUUACUACCGAUUGUCAGAGUUUAGUUAAAAUUGUUCCGCUACCGCUGCAGAAAAAAAAAAUUGUCCUCAUUAAAUUUCCGAAUUGCUUGAAUUUUGAUUGAAUAAAUAUCGACGGACGCGUAUACUAAGAUGAUGGAUGCAAAAUAUACGUCAGAGGAUAGCAUGGGCUGGCCACACGCGGUAGAUGUAAGAUGUAACACUCGUACGUAAGAUUGAAAAAAAAAAAAUAAUAAAAAAAAUAUAUAUAUACAUAUAUAUUGUCUGAUAAUUACCAACGAGAGCUGUUCGUUGGACUGACGUCGGAGCGUUGGUCGAAUGACGCGUUGAAUGAAAAAUAAAAAAAAAAUAAAAAAAAAAAAAAAAAAAAAAAAAAAGGGGCGACUAGGACUUGAUUUUUCUCAAUAGCAAAAAUGUAUAAAUGGCUGCAUAGAACUCGUAUGCGAAUACGAUGCAAAUCUUGGAUGUCAUCGUACUUAUACAUAUAUAUGUAUAGACUACACGGUAACGAUCUGUCGCCAUAUAACGAAUUUUAUUUUGAAAUGGAACGCUGCCAAAAAAAUCGGAUUGCGUCCUCGUCGCUUCUUUGUGAUAUUAUCUAAUUAUAGCAGCAUUAAUUUUUGUACCAAUAUCUAUUGUAGUUUUUAAGUGCUCAUUUUUUAGUUCAUCUAUGUACCUACCUUUUAAUAAUGCAAAUUCAUCUUCGUUCUCGGGUUUUAAUCACUGCUGCUGUUUGGCUGAAAGAUAAUUAAGGCGUUCCGGAAGUGAAAUCAAUCUGAUUUAUAUGUAUACCAUGAAGAUGCUCUGUAAUUAUACACCCGAUGGAAGAUCAAACGCCAAAUUCCGGGAAUUGUUUUUCAGACUAUUUGCUCACGCGACGUACACAUUAUGGGCAUAUACGUACGUACGUACCUUACCCUUUGUUGUACCGGCAAUAAUCUAAUUUCAAAUUAAUUUGGCCCUUCGGCUAUGGUUCAAUUAAUGUGUAGCAGGAACUGGUCGAUUUUCCUUUACGAACGCCUUCGCGAAUUGCCUCCGCUAGAGACUGCAGUCUACUGUUGUAAAUUGAAUUUCUGGAGAAUGAUCAUAUUUGGGGCAGGCGGGUGGGGAAGAGUGGACGAGAACCUCGUAAUGAAAUGUAUAAACCCGCCGGGAAAGAAAAGAAGUGGGCUUUACACGAAAAAUUUUAUUGCAAUUAUUUUCGAAACGGUUAAUUACUUGAAUAUGUUUUUAGCCAAAGGUCUAAUUACUCGUUAAGCGACUAGUCUGCUAAUUCGAACGUUCGACGAAAAGAAUAUAUGAUAAUUAUACGAAGGAAGCCUUGUCGAGCGAACGAGUAAGCGGACACCAAAUCUAGAUGAUUGCCUCGUUUCGUGGAUUUAAGGCUACUUAUUAAUAUAAUAAGGAUAUAAAAAUCCUCGAGAUGAUGCUCUGAAAGAGAGAACGCGAGAGCAAGAGAAUAUUAUGAGAAUGAAAGUGAUAUAGAGCGAAUAUGAGAGGGAGAAACGAGGUGCAAAAGAGAGAAAGAAAGAGAAAUAAUAAGUAAAUGUUACAUUUAUAAAUUCAAAUGCAGAUUCAUACUUGAAAACACUCCAUUGUACCUACACCGCAUACGCAUAUACAUAUAUUGAGCAGCCUAUUUUUUGAAAAUAAUUUAUAGGCUGUUGACCGCUCUUUCCGACACUAAAGUUACCAGCUACAUUUUACGUGAGAGUAAAAAAGAAAAGACUGUGUGUGCAUUCAGAGAUUUGAAAAGUUUUAUGGUGCGCAGACAGUUUUAAAGUGUGAGACGCGUUCUCGUGUUGAUCUCUCGCCGUUUGGCUCAGGUCUGACCAUACGAUGCUCAGACUACUGCCGCUUUGUUGCUGCUACUUUCAUACCAACUACUCGAAUCUAUUACGAGUUAGUUUGAAAAUAAGAAAAAUUUCUUUCACGGGUCACAGAAUACAUAAUUUUUGAAUGAACAUUCAACUUCAGAUCGAGUGGUUAUCGUGAAAGUGAAUAAAGCGGUUUUUUCCAUUUGGGAAUUAACGCGGUAAGUAGUAAGGGCAUUUUCGGUCAGCCGUGGCUUCUCCGCUCGGCGAGGGACAACGCGUGAACAUAACUUGCUGAAAAUCCAAGUCGAUUUUUAGUCCGAUGUAAUAACAGAAAUUAAUUUUCUGUUUUAUGAACCGUGGUUCGGAGUGGGUGGUUACCAAAAGUAUGUUCAUGUACACGAUUUGAACGUUUGAGUUGAUAAUUAUGUGGCAGGGGUAAGACCACCCCGUUUUAUGUGUAUAAGAACCAUAAAGCUUAAUGAAAACCAUUAUACUAUAAACUUACGAGAUAUUAAAUAAAAAUAAACCAAACCGUUAAUAUCGUA